CGAAGAACCGACGUUGAAGAAAAAAAGCAGUUUUUGCUUCCCCUCCCCUGCAUCGUCACCGACACCGCAUGAGCCUUCCUCGCCUCCGGUGGCCGACCCCGAUUUCGAGAGUAAUGGCAGAGGGAAUCGCUAAGGCCGAGCUCGGAUCGUCCGGCGCCGCCCCUCCCACCACGGGAGGUGCGGCUGCUGCCGCGGAGGCCAAGUCCCGGUCGUUAUGGCCUUCGGUGCUCCGUUGGAUCCCCACUUCCACCGACCACAUCAUCGCCGCCGAGAAGCGGCUCCUCUCCGUCGUCAGGACACCGUAUGUUCAAGAAAAGGUUAAUAUAGGCACAGGCCCUCCAGGAUCCAAAAUUAGGUGGUUUCGCUCCAAAAGCAAUGAGCCGAGGUUCAUCAACACUGUUACAUUUGACAGCAAAGAUGAUGAUUCGCCCACACUAGUUAUGGUUCAUGGGUACGGUGCUUCUCAAGGUUUCUUCUUUCGGAAUUACGAUGCCCUCGCCAGUCGUUUCAGGGUCAUUGCCAUCGAUCAGCUCGGUUGGGGAGGAUCAAGCAGGCCUGAUUUCACAUGCAAAAGCACGGAAGAAACUGAGGCGUGGUUCAUCGAUUCUUUUGAGGAAUGGCGUAAGGCCAAAAACCUCAGCAACUUUAUAUUGCUAGGACAUUCAUUUGGAGGAUACGUAGCGGCUAAAUAUGCCCUCAAGCAUCCUGAGCAUGUUCAACACUUGAUAUUAGUUGGACCUGCUGGUUUUUCUUCGGAAGCAGAGGCAAAGUCUGAAUGGCUUACUCGAUUUAGAGCAACAUGGAAGGGAGCUAUUCUGAACCAUCUGUGGGAGUCUAAUUUCACUCCUCAGAAGCUUAUCAGAGGGUUGGGCCCUUGGGGUCCACAUCUGGUAAGGAGGUAUACAAGUGCUAGAUUUGGUUCUUAUUCAAGCGGGACCACUUUAACUGAAGAAGAGUCGAGAUUGCUGACAGAUUAUGUCUAUCACACAUUGGCAGCUAAAGCUAGUGGUGAACUCUGUCUGAAACAUAUAUUCUCAUUUGGAGCAUUUGCUAGGUCUCCUCUCUUGCACAGUGCAUCGGAGUGGAAGGUGCCAACCACCUUCAUAUAUGGUUUUCAAGACUGGAUGAAUUAUCAAGGGGCUCAGGAAGCUCGGAAGAAUAUGAAAGUCCCCUGCGAAAUUAUUCGGGUCCCUCAGGGCGGACACUUUGUCUUCAUCGAUAAUCCAUCAGCCUUCCACUCUGCAAUGUUUUAUGCCUGUCGACGAUUCCUAUCCCCUGAUCCAGACAGUGAGUCCCUUCCCGAAGGUUUAAGUUCGGCAUAGUAUAACCAGGAAAAUUCAUUUAUACUUUACUGUACUGUAUCGAUUGUUGUAAUAUUAUGUUAUGUUUAUGUUCCGGAGCGGCCGGAAAACUCUCUUGCAAGCAAAGUAGGUCUUUCGAGGAUCGAAGUGCAUCUUAUAGAGCUGCUUCAGAAUCAGCAUUUGUGCAUCUGUACAGUGGAGGAAUAAGAGAGCAUUGUACAGGAAAUACAUCUCUGUUCAGGACUUCUUCGAGCUCUGAUGUUGCAUUGUCUGCUUAUCUGUUCUGAUGAUUUUACACGGAUUAGUUGAAUCUGACUUGUGAUGAUUUCAAUUUAACAGUAAACGCCACUUGUUUAUUUGGUCAA